UUUUUUACGGCACAACACCGGCAUGUUUUGAGGUAGCUUGUUGUUAGCAGAAUUGUGCAGGCUCUUUUUUAGUUUUAAACACAUUUUUUUUUAUCGUGAAAACUUCUAACUAGAAGAAAUGGAUGUCGGAGAGCUUUUGAACUAUCAGCCUGAUAGAGGAGCUAAGCGUCUAAGAGAGGAGGAUGGAGGAGCAGCGGGAGAAGAGGAGAACUCCAGAGGAGGGAAGCAGAUAAAAGCUCUGGCAGCUAGGGAGCUGGCCAGAUACCGGGAAGCUGAAGGAGGUGCUGAGGCUGAAGAACUGACUGGAGACAGAAAGAUUAUGUUGGAUAAACUAAUGGACCAGGAUGAGGAGGAACCUGAGGCUGAGCCGGUUGAUGAGAGCUCUGUGAAGAAAAUGAUCCUGACYUUUGAGAAAAGGUCAUACAAAAACCAGGAACUGAGGAUUAAGUUUCCAGACAAUCCAGAAAAAUUCAUGGAGUCGGAGCUGGAUCUGAACGACAUUAUUCAAGAAAUGCACGUGAUCGCCACGAUGCCGGAUCUCUACCACCUGCUGGUGGAACUUAAUGCCGUCCACUCUCUGUUAGGUCUUCUUGGUCAUGAAAACACUGAUGUUGCCAUAGCUGUGGUGGACCUGCUGCAGGAGCUGACGGAUAUCGACACACUCCACGAGAGCGAGGAGGGCGCUGAGGUGCUCAUAGAUGCUCUGUUGGAGGGACAGGUGGUGGCCUUGUUGGUACAGAAUAUGGAGCGGCUGGAUGAACAAGUGAAAGAAGAGGCUGAUGGYAUCCAUAACACACUGGCUAUAAUAGAGAAUAUGGCUGAGUUUAGGCCCGGCCUGUGCACUGAAGCUGCUCAGCAAGGACUCAUGCAGUGGCUGCUGAAGAGGAUCAAGGCAAAGAUGCCGUUUGAUGCUAACAAGCUGUACUGCAGUGAAAUCCUGGCCAUCUUGCUGCAGAAUAACGACACUACUAGAGAAUUACUGGGUGAAAUGGAUGGCAUUGAUGUGUUACUGCAGCAGCUAUCUGUGUUCAAACGUCACAACCCAAACACAGCUGAGGAGCAGGAGAUGAUGGAGAACCUGUUCGACGCUCUGUGUUCCUGCCUGAUGCUGUCCUCCAAUCGGGACCGCUUCCUCAAAGGAGAGGGGCUUCAGCUGAUGAAUCUCAUGCUCAGAGAGAAGAAAAUGUCUCGCACCAGUGCUCUGAAAGUCCUGGACCAUGCAAUGAUUGGACCAGAGGGAGCAGAUAACUGCCAUAAAUUUGUGGACAUUCUGGGCUUGCGGACCAUCUUUCCACUUUUCAUGAAAACCCCCAAAAAGAUGAAGAAAACCGGCACUUCAGAGAAAGAACACGAAGAACACGUCUGCUCCGUCAUCGCCUCCAUGCUGAGAAACCUCAAGUCCCAGCAGAGAACCAGACUCCAGAACAAGUUCACAGAAAACGACUGCGAGAAGGUUGAUCGACUGAUGGAGUUGUAUUUUAAAUACCUGGAGGCUGUACAACAGGCUGACAAGAGGAUCGAAGGAGAGAAACAUGAGAUGGUUCGUCGGGGGGAGAUACUUGAUGACAGCAUGGAGGACGAGUUCUACCUUCGCCGUCUAGACGCUGGACUGUUUGUUCUUCAGUUGCUCUGCUAUAUUAUGGUGGAGAUCAGCAACUCUGGGAUCUCACAGCUUCAUCAGAGGGUUCACCAAAUCCUGAAUGUAAGAGGAGGAUCGAUCAAAAUCGUGCGCCAUAUCAUGAGAGAGUACAUCGAGAGCAUCGGAGACGGAAAGAGCGAAGAGUUCAAAGAGGCUGAGCGGAAGAGGAUCAUGGAGCUUGUAGACAACUUCUAAUCACAUUUUUUUUACUCCCACUUUUCCUCAUGCACAGAGAAAACCACCUUCAAUCGAGAAAAAAAAUAAAACUUUCUCAUGUGAGCCCAUUAGGACCCAGCUCAAAUUCAAUUAGACUUGUUUUGACUUACCGGACCUUGCAAAAAAUAUUCCUACCUAAAGCAAGAGGCAUCAUGAAGACCAAGGAGCUCAACGCAGGUCAGGUAGAUUUGUGGAGACAAAAAGAUCAGUUUUAUUUUUUAAUUUGGUUUUUUUUUUUUUUCUUAGAUAUUUAGUAGCAAAUAUUUCGUUUUUGCUUUUCUUGAAGUGUUCAGAAAAAAAUAAACAAACUGAUGCUUUAUUUAAUUAAGCUGGUCAAAUGUGUAACAGUCUGUGGCAGGGACUUUGUGAAAAUCUAAUGAGUGGGCUGUAGCUGCCAGUCCAGAAAACAUUAACACCAAAAGUAUUUUUAAUAAAACGACGAGGUUCUGAAUCCUGCAGAGGUCUAAAAUAAAUAUCCUCCCUACUGUCUCCCAUAUACGCCGCUUUCUUUGUUUUUCCUUAUUAUUUUUUUUCAGCUGUAAAAUAUUUUCUAUUAAAACAUUUGAUAUUAAA